AUGGGAAGGGGAAGAGUUGAAUUGAAAAGGAUAGAGAAUAAGAUAAACAGACAAGUUACAUUUGCAAAGAGAAGAAAUGGUCUUCUUAAGAAAGCUUAUGAGUUGUCUGUUCUUUGUGAAGCUGAGGUUGCUCUUAUUAUCUUCUCUAACAGAGGCAAACUUUAUGAGUUUUGUAGCAGUCCUAGCAUGCUGAAAACCUUAGAUAGGUAUCAAAAGUGUAGCUAUGGUGCAGUGGAAGUCAAUAAACCAGCCAAAGAACUUGAGAGCAGUUACCGUGAGUACUUGAAGCUGAAAGCAAGGUUUGAAUCACUUCAAAGAACUCAAAGAAACCUUCUUGGUGAAGAUUUGGGUCCUUUAGGUACCAAAGAUCUUGAGCAGCUUGAACGUCAACUCGAUUCAUCUCUCAAACAAGUCAGGUCUACUAAGACUCAAUUCAUGUUGGACCAAUUAGCUGAUCUUCAAAAUAAGGAGCAUAUGUUGAUGGAAGCCAACAGAUCUUUGACUAUGAAGUUGGAAGAAAUAAAUAUAAAUUCAAGAAACCAGUAUAGACAAACAUGGGAAGGUGGUGAACAAAGUAUGGCAUAUGGUAAUCAAAAUGCUCACUCACAAAGCUUCUUUCAGCCUUUGGAAUGUAAUCCAACAUUGCAGAUUGGGACUGAAUACAGGUACAGUCCAGUAGCAUCAGAUCAGCUAACUGCAACAACUCAAGCUCAACAAGUUAAUGGAUUUAUUCCCGGAUGGAUGCUUUGA